AUGCUCUUAGACGGUGAAGAUGCCUAUCGAAAAGCAAAGGAAAUGUUGUCGAAGCGUUUUGGUGAUUCAUUUGCUGUUGCAGCUGCCUUUCGACGGAAGCUCGACACUUGGCCGCAAAUAUCCCCGAAUGACGUACAGGGAUUAAGAAAUUACGCGGACUUUCUAGUUCAGUGCGAGAAAGCGAUGGAAAAGAUUAGUAGCCUGAAGGUCCUGGAUGAUGAUCAAGAAAAUCACAAGUUAGCAUCUAAGUUACCAAGAUGGACAUUGGUCAGAUGGGGAAGACGAGUCUACGAUUGGAAAGAAAAGAACCACAAUUUCCCCCCGUUCUCCGAGUUCGUGAAAUAUCUCGUGACCGAGUCCAAUAUAGCUUGCGAUCCAGUUAUCAGCCGUUUUAAGGAAGACGACUCUAAGAAAGCGAAGAGUCGACCGUACGAAAUACCGAAUCGCAGGAAUCGUCCGAAUCGAGAUGAAUAUCGCAGUCGAAACACACUCGCAACACGAUCAGAAGAAGGAGAUCAGAGCAAGGAAAGACCUAACGGCGAAGCAAAGCAGACCACCUGCAUACUGUGUAAUGGACCUCAUGAACUGAACUCGUGUCAGUCGUUUUGCGCAAAGGAUAUAAUAGAUAGAAAGGAAUACGCGAAAGAGAAGGGUCUUUGCUUUGGCUGCUUAACGCAAGGACACAUAUCUAAACACUGCAAAAGGAGAAAAACUUGUACAACGUGCAAGAAGUCGCAUCCAACAUCCCUCCAUGGAGAUCUUAGGAAACCCGAAAACAAUCAGAAUUCCCAAUCCCCUGAAAAUCCCCCUACGACCAACUGCACAAAGACUUGUUUUAUGAACGACGGUAACGAGCAUCAAAUCAGUUCGAUGAUCGUACCCGUGUGGAUUAGUCACGAGCACAAUCCCGAGUUAGAGAAACUUACCUACGCGCUGCUGGAUGAUCAGUCUGAUACAACCUUUGUUUCGCAGGAAAAUUGA